AUGGGUGAACCUCAGCAAGUGAGUGCACUCCCUCCACCACCAAUGCAAUUCAUCAAGGAAUAUACAGAUGAAAACAUCCAGAAAGGUCUAGCUCCUAAGCCUCCACCUCCAAUAAAGGACAGUUAUAUGAUGUUUGGCAAUCAGUUCCAGUGUGAUGACCUUAUCAUCCGCCCUUUGGAAAGUCAGGGCAUUGAACGACUUCACCCUAUGCAGUUUGAUCAUAAGAAAGAACUAAGAAAACUCAAUAUGUCUAUCCUUAUUAACUUUUUAGAUCUUCUAGAUAUCUUGAUUAGGAGUCCUGGAAGCAUAAAACAAGAAGAAAAGCUAGAAGACCUUAAGCUGCUUUUUGUCCAUGUGCAUCAUCUUAUAAAUGAAUACAGACCCUGCCAAGCAAGGGAGACGCUCAGAGUCAUGAUGGAGGUACAGAAAAGGCAGUGCCUUGAAACAGCUGAAAGAUUUCAGAAGCACUUGAAACGAGUUAUUGAAAUGAUCCAGAAUUGCCUGUCUUCUUUACCAGAUGAUUUGCCUCAUACAGAAGGAGGAAUGAGGUUAAAAACUGAGCCAAUGGAUACUGAUGACAGCAAAAAUUGUACUGGACAAAAUGAACAGUGA